GCAACAAGAAAAGUGCAAAAUGGCGACCCUGGACGAUAGUCCGUCGCUAUUUGCUGGCCAAGCAUGGGGCAACUGGGCCGAUAAUGUGCCUUUCUCGCCAGAAAGUGGUGAUGAGAGCUCCAAAAACAGUGACGAUGACACUGACCAUAGUAUGAAGCUCAACAGAGAAGAUAUGGGCCUUUUUGGAGAAUGUCCAUCUCAAGAUGAAUUCUACCUUGUUGUCUGUGAAAAGUGUGACAAAGUUGUCAAACCUAAAGCAUUCAAACACCACCUGCGAAAUAGGCAUGGGGAAUGUGUAAUUCCAACCACCACUCAGCUGUUGAUCCAAAGGUCGUCCCAUUCCACAUCAAAACUCUCGGCCACCACUCCAUCUCCAACAAAGUCAUCAUCUGCAUUCAAAUUAGGAGCUUCAGUGCCAACAAAGGCUAGUGUCAAAGAAGUUCCUCCUGCAAUCAGCAAUGCACAGAAAAUGGGAGCAGUUCUGAAUGCCAAACUUAAAAAGAACCACACAAUGCCUGUUGUGAAAAUGGAACGAAUGGACCUGAACAAGUACUCAGGCACUCACAUAGAACCUAGUGGCAAAGCUCCGUUAACAAAUGGGACAUUGAAUAGUCCAAAUGUUAAUAUGCCAGGAAGUUUGACAGGCAAGACUGUGACUAAUAGUCCUGUCAAACCAGUUUCACCUAUCUCACCUGUAUCGCAGGCAAUGACAUUGGCCUCACUAGUCGUGAGUAGUCCGUCUGUGUCAGUGGCUAGUGCCACUUUAACUACUGCCAUGACAACGUGUGUGACAACAACCAUGACCACCUCCACGGCACUGACAUUGGCACCGUUCGUGUCUCCUUCUUCCUCUUCUUUAUCCAAUGACAACAUCUUAGCCACUAAUGCUGGUAACACGUCAGUGCAAAGUGCCAACAGCAGUUUAAAUAGCAGUAGUGGCAGUGACAUCAGUCUGGGAAGUGUGCCGUCGUCUCCGAUACAAACCCCCAGCAAACCCAGCGGUGGCUCUUCUGUGGCCACCGUAAAGACAGGGAGUAGUAAAACAGGAAGCAGUGUUAGUAAAACAUCGAGUGUUAGCAGUAUCAUAAAAUCAGCAAGUACUAGUAGUGUAGCUAAGUCUGGAGGCUUUGGCAGUCACGCUAAAGGCAGUAGUAGUGCUGGAUCUCUAAGUAAGUCUAUCCGUGGCAGUGGUUCAUUCAAGUCUGGUGGCAGCAGUAAUAGCAAUAGUAAUGCUAUCAAGAAGAAGCCAGCCAUACCUAUACACAAACCAGAUAAACUCAUCCCAUGUAAAGAUCGUGAAUUUGAUGCAAACAAACAUUGUGGAGUGGUAUUUGAAGAUUCAGGCAAACCCUGCACACGCUCGCUCACUUGCAAGACGCAUGCACUGUCCCUGAGAAGGAAAGUGCCUGGGAGGAGACAACCAUUUGAUGAGCUGCUGAAGGAACAUCGAGCUGCCAAAGAGGCCUUCCUUAAACAGAGAGCUGAGCAGAAGGCAGCUCAGCUGGCAGCAUCCAUGGUGACUGGUGGUGGCAACACUGUCAAACCUGCACAGCCACAUGGUGCCUCACCGUUAGUGCCACUAGACCGAGGUUUGACCUCCAGUAAGGUUGGCCACCAUAGCACUUCGUCUUCAGUGAACACCUCCAAAGAAAGCUCCCUACAAUCACGACUACUUCAAUCUGGAGCCAUGUCUCCACAGAAGAUCUCGAGGCCUGCUGUCGUCAAACCCAACAACAUCUGUCUCUCCAGAUCUAGUGGCUCAGGAAGUCUACAUUCACCAUUAUCAUCUGCCCAUCGUGAUGAAGUAGGGCCUUCAUUAACCCCAGCUCCCGACCCUCACAGCAGGCUUAGUGAUGGGGAGGGGGAUGAAGAGGAUGGAGAAGCUGACAAACCUGACCGGUCAUCUCCCUAUCAUCCACGCCCAGCAGCCACGUGUACAUUUGGUGCCAGACAUCAUACCUUCCACAGUCGAGGCUGUAAUGUGUUCAAUAGACGUGUAGAUGUCCUUCGUGCAGCUUUCCUGAAGGUGUUAGAGCGUCAAAUCAAUCCUCCACCUCCAAAAAAACUUUGUGUGGAGUCAAAUUUACCAAAAGAACCUCAGUUCCUGUCCAAUUCCAAAGAUCCUUAUGAGUUUAACCUAAUUGACAAUGGUAUGGGUAGUGGAGGAACACAGCAUGUAAAUGCUGUGGUGAACUCUACAGUUGUAAACAAAAACAAUGUGAAACCAAAAUCUAAGCCCUCCAGUAGCAGUAGCAGUAGCAGCAGUCGCAGCAAGUCACGGGAGGGUGCGGCAACCACCUCUGGGGGCUCUCGUAGCCCUGCCCACUCAGGAACUUCUACGUCAAGUAGUACUGGGGCAGUGAAACGCAAACGUAGUGGCAGUGGUGGCCCUGCUUCUAGUCCAUGUACCACCUAUAAUAACGUCAUCAGUGGCAACACCAUGACCAUUAAUUCAAGUAUCACCGCGCUCAACAGCCACACUAACAGUAGUCCCCUUACUGCCAUAGCAAUCCCUAGUGUCAAUCUCAACUCCGCCACCCUCAGUCAUUUCAACACCAACCUGGCCGGCAGCAAAAACCAAAAGAACAAUGUGUAUAAGGACUUUGGAAUUGUUGUUCGGAGCAUAGAUCCCUCGGCUCUAGUAAACGGCCCUUAUGUGAUAGGGGGAACAACUGCUCAAAUCAUUGAUGAAAAAAUGCUUCAACAGACUCACAUUAUCUCUGGUGGGAACAAGGCCAAUCCAGCCAAAUUAGUCAACAAUGUUGAAGCACUGCAGAAAAACAAUUUAAUACCUGCCAAUGCUAUCCUUGUUGACAGUGCUAUGCAACCUGGAACAGUGCUAACACCAGUUUCCGUAGGCUCUAUAGGGUCUGUCCCAAGCAAUACAGUCAUAUCUCUAGCCAACAGCUCCAUGUCUCAGGCCCAUCCCAGCCCUUCAACAACUCCAAGCCCGCUCUUCAGAUCGGGUUCUCUCAGUCCACAAGUCUCCUCGCCUUUGCCAAAUGGAAUCACUCCAUCAGUGGCAGAUAAAAACAGCAGUAGUCAUCGACACACCCUGAUCCACCACCAUAAGGGCCCACAGAAGCCCAUGAUGGCCCAGUCCGCCCUGCCUGGGGUGCUUUCCACUGCCCAGGUCAUCACUUCCAACAACAAUCCACAAGUGUGUGCUAGUCAUGUCUUCACACAACUUGCCCAGCUCCAGGUCAAGCCCGGGGCCAAGGCAGGACCCAACAAGGUCACCAUGCAACCGGUGUCCUUGACCUUUCCAUUGACCAACCUGGGAACUGUGACUGGUCAGCAGCCUCAGACGCACACCCUGUUUAUUACGAGCAGUGACGACGGAACGCGACACGAGCUCCAGCACCAGCCAGUAUCUAACUCCCCAUCUAGUCUCAUGUCCUAGCCCCGGCUAGUAGUGUCAGUGCUAAACAGUCACCUCUGUUGUCUUUCACCAAGUCAUGACUGUCUUAUAUGGCCUUACUGUUUUUUGAUAAAUUUCAGAUUCAGACAUCAACUUCAGGCCUAAUUACUUGAUAGAAUCUUGAUAAUCCUUGUGAAGACCUCUGAAGAUUCGACAUUUUACAUAACAGAAUAAUAUGCUUUGAUAGAUUAUUUAGUUAGUAUGUCAAUUAUUGUUUGGACUCUGCAUGUGUGUGUAUGCUAUGAGAUGUUAAAUUAGUAUAAGGUAACUAAAAUUACUCUAAGCUGUUUAAGUGCUAAACAAGAUUUUUAUCUUAGUUUCUGAAAUGUUAUAAUGAGUUUAAAUAUCAAAAUUUGUGAACAAACUUUUUUGCAGAAGUCUAAAAGCAUGCGGUUGUCUAAUUUUGACAAGACAAAUAUAUAUAAAAAUUCCUAAAUAUUCGUUAAUCUUCAACCAAGUCAGAAUAAAAUGGGGACAUCAGACCAUGGCAAACAGAAAACACUACAAGAUGAUCUCAUAAUUAAGUACCAUGAAAUUUAAUGGCAGCAAAUAUUUAGAAAAAAUGCUUCAGCAGCUGUGAAGUUUCAUUCUCGUCAUGGAUACCAAUGCUUACAUAUUUUGUAUAUUGUUUCUCUUCAAGGCCUUUAUGACAGUCAUGAUGGGUACAAUUGUUAAUGACUGUCAUUUCGAUGUAUUUAUACCAUAGAGGUUAAUGCUAGGUUCUGGUUUAAAAGGCAUGAAAAGCAAUGGGUUAUUUUACCAACUUAUUUAUUUAUUGUGAAAAAAAACACUUUUUGCUCACUGGAAAUUACUUAUUGGAUUUUGGAUAUUUUUUGUUAUUUGCACUAUCAGUUUGCUAGUAUGUUCUUGAUAUAAAAAGUCUAAAUUCUGCCUGAAUGUCAUCUGAUAUUCAGUAACACAACUUUGUGAUAUAAUUGAUGAAAUUCAGCUAAACCUCUUGGUUGUUUUGUGCAAUGACUGUUAAAUGAAGGCAAGUCAGCAAAUUUUUGUAGCAUUUCAUAUUAUCUCUAAUAUUUUAAUAUGUAUUGAGAUCAAUAUAUUCAGUAAUUCAUUAUGAAGUAUUUUUGAAACAAAUUAGGUUUUUGGUGCAGAGAACAGCAGUACGAGUUAAAUAACCACCAAGAUUGUGACUGAAGCAGUUUAUUCUCUCUUUCCUUUCUAUUAUCAGUGUAUUUUGUUUUUAAAGAAUUAAAUGAACAGACCAAAGUUAGUAUUGUGAUACAUAAAAAAAUAAGUUUGAAUUCAGGGGGAAAAAUGAUAAUCAGAAGAUCACUGAAUGAAUUUCCAACAUGAUUUUAAAACACUGAUUUAUAACAAUAUUGGAAUACAUUGUAUGCAUCAUUACACUUGCACAACAAAUUCAUAGAGGAGAGGUAUCAAGGCUGAGAUUACAACUCAAAACAUUCUGAUAAUUCAAGAUAAAGAGAACAAGUCUAGGCCACAAUGUAUAAUUCUUUUUGAAAAUAUAAAAGUUAUUUAGCAGUUAGGAAACUGACUAGGUAAAACAUUAAUAUGAUUCCAUUAAAACAAUUUACAAAUAUUUCCGCUAAUUUUAAAAGAAGUUCUUUAUUAUUCAAUGAUUAGUGUUGUCUUUUGGUGAAAAUAAACUAAAUUAGUGUAAUCUUGGAUAGAUAUGUACUAAAUUGAAUUUAGUGAUUGCAGCCUGGGCCAGAUAUGUACUAAAGUACUAAAGUUAUGCAGUCUUUGGCAAAGAUGUACUAAAUUGAAUAAAUUAGUGCAGUUCUGGGCAGAUAUGCAUUAAUUGAAUUAUUAGCACAGUCUUGGCCAGAAAUGUACUAAAUUAGUUCAGUCUUUGGUGGAAAUGUACUAAAUUAGUGACCUACUGGUGGAAAUGUACUGAAUUGAAUUACAUUAUCACUACAUUAUUUCAUUAGUGUUGCUCACAUGAAACUAGUUAGUCUAGUGAUUGGAUUGACAGUUUCUUUUCAUUUUGUUUUGUUUAAUGCCUUAAUGACUGACUACCGUUAUACAAGGUCUGUACGUUUAAGAAAGUUGUCUCCCAUUUACGAGUUAAAAUUUCUCUAAGUUUCAAUUUACUGCUGUGGAAAAAAACACAAGUGAUCCUGUUUCUCCUAAUUAUCUGUGAUAUUGUCAGUAUUUGAAACUAAAAGGAUGCAAUUCUUUUUUUCUUUUCUUCUUUUUUUCAUAUUUCAUAUCAAAAGUUUUCAAGAAAGAAACAAGUAUUUGUAAUCUCAUGUUCUCUAUUGAUGAACACUUGGUUACGUUGUAGCUAACAUCAGUAUUUGAAUAUGGCUACCCUGUAAAUAUUCAUGUAUUUUGAUUAGUGAACAUUUCUGAUGUAUAAUAAUUCUAUUUAUUAUAAUAGAUGGUCUAUUAUGACUUGUACAUUCGAACAGUAAACUUUGUUAUUGUUUAAAAAUCUGUUUUCAUCAGCUCCAUAUUUAUUUGUCUGUUUCAAUAAUACUGAUGCCCUUCUGUAUUUAGUAGAAACGUAAAUAAUAUGAAUUUUGAAUGCCAGUUACCAUUAGCUCUUUAAUUUGUGAACAAUCUGAAGAUGGUAUCUUUUGGCUGUCCUAAUACAUGUAUAUUGUAAGGUAUGCCAAAACUAUUUUGUAUUAUUUUGUUGCGUCCUUAAUCAAGCUUGUGGAAACUUGAUUUCCUUGAAAGUACAGCAUGCUAAAAUACUCGCGAUGUAGUUGUGAUCUCCAAUUCAUACCUAUAUUUUAAGGUUAUUAAUUAAAACAAGAAGUUUAUAAUAUUUAAGAAAAAAAUUAAAUUUGUUGUCAUAUAUGUAGAAAUGUAUGACCGACUGGUCCCCCAUGAGGUAAUAGAAACUUAUACUAGGCCAACAUUAUAACUUUUGUUCAGAAAAUGUGUUCAUUGUUUUCAGUGGUACCAUACCAAAGGCGUUACUGGUACACUAAUAUUUGGUUAAAAUUAAUGUUAUUGAAUAUCUUCCAAUACAUUAAUGUAAAUUACAAUGUGUUUCUGAAGAUAAACAACGAAAUGUUACAUUUCUAGUCAUUAUCUUUCCAAACGAAUGUGUUUGAUAUGUAAUUGUGUAAUGACAUGGAAAACCAGUUUAAUAAUUACACCAACAAACUUUCAGUAUGCACAAAAUAUUCUCAGGUCUGUAGAUCUGUCACAAACAGGAAAUGUAAUUAAUAUGUUAGUUUCUGGCGUUAUUGCCGCUAUUACAAAUAUUACAAUAGGAUAGGAAUGAUCAGACAAUUAAGAUCAGAAUGCUAAAGCCUGUAACUAUCUUCUGAAGUUAAGUGUUUUUUGCCAAUUUUGUUCUGUGAUGUAUAGUAAUGGUAGCUAUCAGAUUCACAUGCUGAUUGAAGAGAUUAUAUUUGAAUGUUUGUAUAUGAAA